UGAAUCGCCCUGUUCCUAGCGCUGUUAAGUGUCUGUUAAAGGCAAAGUAAAGUUGGCCGCAGCUAGCAAUUUGUUUAGUCAUUGGAAAUACGGUCACAUUCGCCCAAAAAAAGUGCUAGCAAACAAGCGUUUGGCGAAAAAACACAAUAAUUUUAAUAAUUUACGCCGUUAAAUAAUUGCAACAAUAUGAAGGACUAUUUGGGAGAAGAUCAGCGCAAGGUGAAGCAUGAAGAGAAGGAAGAAAAAGAGAUAAAAUCGCUGGACGAGGGCGACAUUGAGCUGCUAAAGACUUACGGUCAGAGUCAGUACCACAAGUCCAUAAAGAGCAUAGAGGAGGACAUACAAAAGGCUGUUAAGCAAGUCAACGAAUUGACCGGCAUCAAGGAAAGCGAUACAGGAUUAGCGCCACCAGCUCUUUGGGAUUUGGCGGCCGAUAAGCAAAUAUUGCAGAACGAGCAGCCGCUGCAGGUAGCGCGCUGCACCAAGAUUAUCAAUGCUGACUCUGAUGAUCCCAAGUAUAUAAUCAAUGUGAAGCAGUUUGCCAAGUUUGUGGUAGAUCUGGCUGAUUCGGUGGCACCUACUGAUAUUGAGGAGGGCAUGCGUGUCGGCGUGGAUCGCAACAAGUAUCAAAUACACAUACCUCUGCCGCCCAAAAUUGAUCCCACAGUGACUAUGAUGCAAGUUGAAGAUAAGCCCGAUGUAACCUACAGCGAUGUGGGUGGCUGCAAGGAGCAAAUCGAGAAACUACGUGAAGUGGUGGAGACACCGCUGCUGCAUCCCGAGAAAUUUGUCAAUCUGGGCAUCGAGCCACCCAAGGGUGUGCUGCUCUUUGGUCCCCCUGGUACCGGCAAGACGCUGUGUGCGCGUGCUGUGGCCAAUCGCACAGAUGCCUGCUUCAUACGCGUCAUUGGCUCCGAGCUAGUGCAGAAAUAUGUGGGCGAAGGUGCACGCAUGGUGCGUGAACUGUUCGAGAUGGCGCGCUCCAAGAAGGCUUGUCUUAUAUUCUUUGAUGAAAUCGACGCCAUUGGCGGUGCACGCUUUGAUGACGGCGCUGGCGGUGACAAUGAAGUGCAGCGUACCAUGUUGGAGUUGAUCAAUCAGCUGGAUGGCUUCGAUCCACGCGGCAACAUCAAAGUGCUUAUGGCUACCAAUCGUCCAGAUACGCUGGAUCCUGCUUUGAUGCGUCCGGGUCGUUUGGAUCGUAAAGUGGAGUUUGGCUUGCCCGAUCAGGAUGGACGCUCGCAUAUCUUCAAGAUUCACGCACGCUCUAUGUCUGUGGAGCGCGACAUUCGUUUCGAUCUGCUAGCGCGCCUGUGUCCCAAUUCAACUGGCGCUGAGAUUCGUUCGGUAUGCACAGAGGCGGGCAUGUUUGCCAUACGCGCACGUCGUAAGGUCGCCACCGAGAAGGACUUCCUCGAGGCCGUCAACAAAGUCAUUAAGAGCUAUGCCAAGUUCAGUGCUACGCCUCGCUACAUGACCUACAAUUAAUUUAAGCCUUGUACUGUUUUUUCAUCCCCUAAUGUGCUGUGAGCCAGCUCUGCAGCUUGAUCAUUAAGUAAAUAAACGAUAUCUAUAUACAUAUACUAAA